AUGAAUUUUGAGCAACCAAGCACCUCAAGAACACAGAAAGAACAGGAAACUACAGCAGCAAGCCGAAACAAAAAAUUGUCUGGCCCAGCUCCCGCAGUCUCUCCUCGUAAGAGCGAUGCCCCACACCCCUCAUCGCUUUCGUGGCCCUCUGCUGCACCCUCUCCAGUGCCUCCUUAUCUUUUCCGUACUGGGGACCCUGUCCGGACCCUGUUGGCUGCAUCACACGCCGAGGCCUGGCAGCUUUUCGGGCCGUCGCCCCCGUCCCGGGGAGAGCGGUUUGCGGAGCUUGGAAGGGAAGGGCGGAGGGCCCGGGAGGUGCCGCCUGCGGGCUUUGCCCGCUGCUCGGGACAGCCUGGGGUGCGCCCGGGGCGAGCGGCGCGGCCGGGCGCGCUGCGCAGCGGGAAAGAUGAUUCUCAAAGACUUCUGGAAAGCUUCAGCACUGAUGAAAAAGAGCACACACUCAUGGAAAGUAAAGCAGAGCCCUAUACAUCAAAAGAGGAAAUGGUGCUGGAGGAAAGCGAGUCUCCUCUGAACAGUAACAUCGCAGCAUUUGCAUUAAAGGCAAAAGUGAUCUAUCCCAUCAACCAGAAGUUUAGGCCUUUGGCAGAUGGCUCAUCUAAUCCAUCUUUGCAUGAGAAUCCAAAGCAGACAAUUCUGCCUAAUCAAGUGGUGGAGACAUCUAUGUCAGGCAGCUUGGGAUCUCUGAGCCAGGGAGACAAAGAGGACUGUAGUUCCUCCACAACAAUACAUUCCACAACAAGCGAUGACAGAUUUCAGGCUCGAGCCUUCCUAAAGGUGGCCAGCUUCCCUGAAGUGCUGACAUGUGAGAGUUUUGAUGUUAAGCUCUGCCUUUGCAGUCUUACUUUAAAAGAUCUCAUGCUUCUUGAUACUGAACUCAGAAAAGAAAAACAUGUGAUGUUUAUUCAGAUUUUUAAGAUAUACCUCACAGAAUUCCAUCGUAAAAAGAAGAUUUCUGAUGGUUUGUUGAAGAAGAUCCUUUUAAAUCAGGAAAAUGAUUUUGAAGAAUUAAAGAAACAACUUGAUUCUAGACUCCGGAAUACUGAGAUGUCAGGAUGCCAUAAUUCAGAGUUCCAGACUCUAGAAGACCUAGAAAGGAGGGAAAGGGAAUAUUCUGAGCAUGUCAUAGAUAAUAUGGAAGCCUUCUGGAAACAGACUGACAAAGCCCAGCAGGAUUUUUUGGACCAAUCAAAAUGCUCAAGUGCCAAAGCAACAAAGAUGAUGAUGGAUCUGACUGAGAAGAUGAUUGCAGUAGAAAGCUUGUUAAGUGAAUCUCAAGACUUGCAGGCGAUGGACAUUCAGGAAAGGUUAUUCAACUGGGAGCUUAUGGUGAAAAUGAUCGAUUCACUGAAGUCCUCUAUACCAGAAGAGUGUAAGGGUAGAUUAAAUACUGUGUCAAAUAUUCUGGAUCACUUAACUGUGAAGAAUAAUCUUUCAGUCCGACAAAAGGAAGAACUUCUAACAGAUCUGCACAAGGCCUUCUGGGAACAGCUGGCACACUACAGUAAUGAAUGCAUGCAGCAAAGUAAAGACCUGAUCUUGAAGCGGCUGGAGCACCGUGCAAAGAAGAAGGAAGGGUUCAAACACAGACAGGAAGCUGAGCAAGAGAGCCUACUUAGCAAAACCUUUCUUACUGAAGAUGUUCAUAAUUUCCUCAAGGCUUACCACAAGCUGAUACAGAAGCACUGGCAAGCACAGUGGGAUCUGGAGGAGGAGGAUGACUGCAAGAGCACAGAGGCUGUUGCCGAUCUCUACAAGGAGCUGUACUCUAAGGCUUCCCAUGCUUUAGAAGAGUUGGUUACAGAGCUGUUUCUUCAGACCCUGCCUGUGGUGACCAGCCUCUCUGUAAGGGAAUGUGAGCUGCUGAAAGAGGAAUGGCAGGAGAAUUUGGUUCCUCAAUUGGAGAAAUGGGAGAGCCACCGCCAGAGACGCUGGAAGCUUUUCCAGGAACAGCUAUUGCAAGAAAAAGAAGUCUGGAUAACAGAAUAUGCUCUGUCUGCUGUGAUGCAAAAGCACCUGUCUGAGAAAGAAGAGAAGAUAAUUCAAGGUGUCGUAAGCAGACUAGGAUGCCUCAGUGAUGCGUCUGUUAGCUAUAUAUUGCAAAAGCACCGACUGCUGCUGUGUUCAGUGCUCAGAAGGUUAACCUUCCGAGGAGCUGGAAUGGCAGCCCUGGCACACAUGCGGCUGUCCAGAAAGAAGAGCUCGCUUCAGGAGCUGAGAGAGCAGCAUACCCUGCAGAAGGGAUCCUCCCUGUGCCAGGAUGAGGACCAGUGGCAGUUACAGAAGGCAGUGGAGUCCCACAUUCGUGAAGAGGAGGAGAAGCUUGAGGAAGAAACACAAGAAAUCAAUUUAGAAUUUCACCAGCAGCUAGUGACAGAAAUCCAAGAAGCUCUUCAGUUUCUUCAGCAGCACAUGGAGCAGGUGAUUGGGCAGACACUGCUGCAGUAUGCCAGAGGGGAAGCUGAAAAAAAGAGUUCAGAUGAUGGACAGGACUUCAAGGAGAGACUGGUGGAAUCUGCUGUUGAAAGUGUGUAUGGGACCAGCAAUAAUAUCAAUAGACUGGUGCAAAACUACUACCAGCAAUUAGGAAAAAUCACAGAAGGCUAUGAAGGAAAAAAGCUUCAACAUCUGAAAUCCUUACAAGCAGAAAGAAAUGAAAGGAUCAGACUGAAGAAUAAAGAGAAUGAACUGGCAUUGAAAGAAAUACACACCAAAGGCCUCCUAAAUGUGUCAUCCACAGUCCACCAAAGGGUAGUGCUACAGCAAAACAAGAUUUUGGCUCAGUUUGAACUUCAGCAACAAAUUCGCCUGGGGUCUCUGAAACAGAAGCUGCUGGGAUUGCACCGCCUAGGAACCGAGCUGGAGAAUCAGCUAAGGGAGGCAGAGCAGGACUUUGUGAGUGAGUUGGCUGUGCUGACCCGAGUUCCACUGACUAUGAAGAAGAAACCUUCCAAAAGGAGCAAGCCAGCAGUUGAAAAAGCAAAUUCCAAAAGACAGACCUUCCAGUCACCCGAACCAGCAGAAAAAGAUGAUUCUCAUGAAAAUAUUCAAGAGCACCAUGGAAUAACUUCUGGCUUAUGCAGAGAGAUGCCACAGAGUUCACAUGAAGGGGAGACUGAACCAAGGAAAAGCUCAAAGAUGUUAGAAAAGAAAGGCAGCAGGUAGUAAAAGCCUUUGUCUGAGCUGUCUGAACACAGUGUACCAGGGCAUUCUUCUGGGGAAUCUCAGCAGCUAUAGGUACUUACUGAGUUGCUUUGCUGAGGAACAGCAAGGAAAAUCAAUAAUAACCCAUAAAUCUUUUUUAGCUGCAGACCAAGAAUCAAUCCCAACUUCCUUUAGCUGUUAAUAAAACAUUCCCUCUUAGCUUUGGUAAGAGGGAACAAGGAAGUCUUUAAUACAAGCUCUUUGAGAUUGCUUGGCUAAUAUGCUGGGGAGACAGUUUUAGAUUUGGAAUAAAAAUGAGGAAAGUGCACUUGUAGGAGAAGGGAUGCACGCUGGGCCCAGGUCAGUGUAUCUCAGUAAGGUUUCAUCACAAUAGUCAUGUACUGUUUAUUUUUGAGCCUGAGAUGUGGUACAUUUUUUGUGAGUGCUACUUUGGCCUAACAAAAAGACAUAAAAAUGUAUAGAAUAUGUAAACAGGCUUCAGAUGGUACUGGUACAUCAAAAGAUGACAUUUGGUGUCUCUUUUGUUAAAUUUUUGUGCUUUCAGUCCUAUGUAUGCUUUUAAAAUUUGUACAAAGAUUUUUAUAUAUUUCUCUGCCUUUGUCUUAGAAUUCAAAUUGUUACUUUCAGAGAAAAUGAGAGAAAACUGGUUUACUCUUUCACUUUUUAUACUUCAGUUUCUGGUCUUCUUCCUUAAGUGCACUCUUUUGUUUCCAAUAUACUUUGUUAUGCUCAUUACAUUUCCUUUGGGAAAUUCUUGUUAUGCAAAGCAGUUAGUUCUUACUGGCUGUACAGAGCACCUGUAUUGUGUAAUAAAUUGCCCCACUUAAGCUGUCCUGCAGUUUUCAUGAAGUGGGAUUA